AUUUUAACUGUAUCUGUACCGUACACAAAUUUGUCAAGUAAUGUCCGAAUUGUGAUGGGUCAAAAUCAGUCAUCUGGUGGGCCUGGUGGUAGUGGAUCUGGAGGAGAUAAAAAAGAUGAUAAAAAAAAGAAGAAGUAUGAACCCCCAGUCCCUACUAGAGUUGGCAAAAAGAAGAAGCGACAGAAGGGACCUGAGGCAGCAAGCAAACUACCUUUAGUUACUCCACACACUAGGUGUCGCUUGAAGCUUUUGAAAUUAGAGCGUAUAAAAGAUUAUUUACUUAUGGAAGAAGAAUUUCUGCGAAAUCAAGAAAGGUUGAAACCUCAAGAAGAGAAGCAUGAGGAAGAAAGAUCUAAAGUUGAUGAUCUACGUGGGACACCUAUGUCUGUAGGAACAUUAGAAGAAAUUAUUGAUGAUAAUCAUGCUAUUGUAUCUACAUCAGUGGGAAGUGAGCAUUAUGUCAGCAUUUUGUCAUUUGUCGAUAAAGAUCAGUUAGAACCAGGCUGCUCUGUGCUGCUUAACCAUAAAGUACAUGCAGUUGUUGGAGUUUUGUCUGAUGAUACUGAUCCCAUGGUAACUGUUAUGAAGCUUGAAAAAGCUCCACAAGAAACUUAUGCAGAUAUUGGAGGUUUAGAUCAACAAAUACAAGAAAUCAAAGAAUCUGUUGAAUUGCCUCUUACUCACCCAGAAUAUUAUGAAGAAAUGGGAAUAAAACCUCCAAAGGGUGUAAUUUUAUAUGGUCCACCAGGAACUGGAAAAACCCUUUUAGCUAAAGCAGUUGCUAAUCAAACAUCAGCUACAUUUUUGAGAGUUGUUGGUUCUGAAUUAAUUCAGAAAUAUCUUGGUGAUGGUCCAAAAUUAGUUCGUGAACUCUUUCGUGUUGCUGAAGAACAUGCACCCUCCAUAGUGUUCAUUGAUGAAAUUGAUGCAGUUGGAACAAAAAGGUAUGAUUCAAAUUCAGGUGGUGAGCGAGAAAUACAAAGAACUAUGCUUGAGUUGCUUAACCAGUUAGAUGGUUUUGAUUCAAGAGGAGAUGUCAAAGUUGUCAUGGCAACAAACCGAAUUGAAACUCUGGAUCCUGCUUUAAUUAGACCUGGCAGAAUUGAUAGGAAGAUAGAAUUCCCCUUGCCUGAUGAAAAAACAAAGAGGAGGAUAUUUUUGAUUCACACUGCUCGAAUGACUUUAGCUGAAGAUGUCAAUAUUGAUGAUCUAGUAAUGGCAAAGGAUGACCUAUCAGGUGCAGAUAUUAAAGCCAUUUGUACAGAAGCUGGUUUAAUGGCCUUGAGGGAAAGAAGAAUGAAAGUUACAAAUGAAGAUUUUAGAAAGUCUAAGGAAAAUGUACUCUAUCGUAAAAAAGAGGGAACACCUGAAGGUUUAUAUUUAUAAAAAAAUGCAUUGUGAAUAUCAUUUCUUUUGAAGUUCUCAUUAUGAAAAUAAAUUUUUUUAAGGAUCU